AACGGCUGUAAGCCUAUAACACGACGAGCAGCAAAGUCCAAAAAUAUUGAGCAGCCUCAAUCAGAGUACGUCCAGCUAGCGACUCAACUGAAUAUCUAUCAUGCAAUAAGCAUGAGUGCGACGCACAAUCGCUCUCAUGCUUCUUCUUAUAACCCCUCGGCGACCACCUCCCAAUGAUUUUUUGGUUGAUUCUUUCACAACAUCGGCUUCCUAUAAACCAUCUCUCUACUCAAAGUCGUCAGAAUCGGAUCAGGUUCUUAGCCGCAGCCAUGUCGUCCCCCUCGUCAUCGCCUGACACCUCCGACGUCGACGUUUCUGACGGCCCCGGGCCGGCCAGCUCAAACCUCACGCUGCUGUACAUCAUCAUCGCCGUCCUCGCCGGCGUCCUGCUGUACCUGGCCGUCCGCUACGGCCGUUCGCUCCUGGCCGAGUGGCGCGCUCUCCACGGCGACGGCCCGCCUACCGACACCCACCUCGGGCUGAGCAUGGAGGACAUCGCCGCGCUCCCCACGUUCACGUACAGGGCGCGAGCGGCACCGACGCCAUCGCCACAGGGCAGCUGGGGCGGCAAGAGGAGGAGCGGCAGCAAGGGGAGAGCGGCGUCGGCGUCGGUGGAGUGCGUGGUGUGCCUGCAGGAGCUGGAGGACGGCGACGUGGUGCGCGUGCUGCCGGCGUGCAGGCACUUCUUCCACGUCAGCUGCAUCGACGCCUGGCUGCGGGCGCACUCGUCCUGCCCGGUGUGCCGCGCGCACCCGGAGCCGGAGCGCGUGCGGCCGGGCGAGGCUGCCAUGUCGCCGCCGCUACCGCAGCUGCGCCGCUGCGACGUGUCGCCCGAACGGCCUACGGCGACGAGGAUCUUCGCGGACUUCUUGGCACGGUCGCCGCUGAGGAUCGGAGGCUCGACGAGCGGGUCUAAGGAGAGGGUCGUGUCCAGGUCGCCGUCACCGGCGCCCAUGGUGCGUGACUACGUCCUGUCGAGGUCUCCGUCGCGGACGCCGCUGACGCAUGGGAUGGUGGACGAGCGGUGUUCGUUGUCGCAGUCGCCGCCCCAGAUGCUAGAGGUUGUGGUGGUUCGGUCGCCUUCUCCGAUGAGGUUCGGACGUCAGCCUACGCCGACGUGCGUUGGCGUGUUGGAACGCACGGAUGCGAGCAUGUCGGCAUCGCCAUCCCCGCCGGUGACAUUUAGAGCGGGAUCGACUUCUAAAUUGUCACCACAAGUGCCAUAUUAAGUAUGUACAGCAAAUGCUACAUUGCCUACUACUGUCCAUCAUUCAGUUGCAGAGUCUGCAUUAAGAUAGAAUGACCAAUUAAUGGCACAGUCACCAUUGCUUCGAGGUGCAUUUUUGGAGCUUGUCAUCCGAUUCUUAGUGACUGAUCAUUUUGCUGCAAAGAAUGUAAAUAUUCAGUGUCGAGCAUGUUUGACGAAGACAGACCAAAGCGCCAUUGAAGCUUUCUUUC